UGCCAUAGAAAUAAAAAUAAAAAUAAAGAAAAGAAAACGCGAGUGUUAACACAUCGAGUUUAUAUAGAUAAAUAGUUAUAGAACGUAUUAUCCAGCUUACGAAUUACACAUAUCCCAAAAGCAACGCUGCCAAUUAAAGAGCAAUCUAUACAUAUAUAUCUUAGAUAUAUAUAAUAUAGAGAGGGAGAGACAGACAGAGAGAGAGAGAGAGAGAGGAGAGACAACUUGCAGUCAACACCACCGAGCGGAAGUCCAACAACAAUAUGACAAUAUCAGCAGCAACAGCAGCAGCAGCACGAACAGCAACAACAGCAACAACUACAAACACGACAAGCAACAUUGCAAAUCGCCUGCCUGGCAAAUCGCUGAAAUAUGAAAAACUCAUUAAACAGCCGCAAAUGCAGUCGGGCACGACAAGCGUGACCGGCACACAAACGGAUGUGGAUGCGGAUGGGGACGCGGAUACGGAUGCGGACGCGGAUGCAUUCGUCGAUUGCGGCCAUCUUAAUAAGCAUUUCGGCAAUGGCCAUGCCACGCCAUCUGACCUCUACCAGCACCCCAGCCACGAGCACAUCACAGAUCGAAGCAUGCUCCUGCCGCCAGAGCCAACGGCCAACGAGUUUCUGCCCGGCGGCGGCAUUGUCACGUACAAGGCCAAAACGAAUGGCUUCAGCUAUGACUUUAGCUCUACCUCAUCAACAAGCAUUGGCAGUAUGAAUGGUGGCGGUGGUGGUGGUGGUGGUGUCGGUGGUGCUAGCUCCGCCAUUUCAAGUUCGCUUUGCCAUUGUUGUAACUUAAUUGCACGCCGUUGCAACCGCAUCAACGUGCGACGCUGCAUCCUGGCCCUGUUUGGCAUCACCGCGGUCAGCAUUUUAUACUACACGCACUACGUGGGCACCGACAUGUUCGACGGUCUCAUCCAGCGAGAUACACAUCCGGCGCCCAUUAUCAACUGCCGCAUGAUUAACUCGGCGGGCAAGCACAUACGUGACGCCUCGCCGGCGCCCGAUCACCGUUCGGAGGCACGUCUGCGCAUCGAUCCCAAGGUGCUGGUGUUUGUGGAGACAACGUACUCGGGCCUGGGCCGUGACAUUGCCGAGCUGCUGGUGUACAAUCGGAUCAAAUAUAAAAUCGAGGUGGCCGGCAAGAGUCUGCCGGUGCUGACGAAUCUGGACAAGGGCCGCUAUGGCGUGAUUGUCUUUGAGAAUCUGGACAAGUAUCUCAACAUGGACAAGUGGAAUCGCGAGCUGCUGGACAAGUAUUGCCGCGAGUACUCUGUGGGCAUUGUGGGCUUCGUCAGUCCCAGCGAGGAGACGCUGGUCGGUGCCCAGCUGCGCGACUUUCCGCUCUUUGUGCACACGAACCUGCGGCUGCGAGACGCCAGCCUGAACCCCAGCUCCUCGGUGCUGCGCCUCACGCGGGCUGGGGAAACGGCAUGGGGUGCCCUGCCGGGCGACGAUUGGGCGGUGUUCCAGCACAACCACAGCACCUACGAGCCGGUGGAGUGGGCGCAGCGCAACACCCAGGAGUAUCCAGCGGACAGCGUGGGCCAGGUGCAGCUGCCGCUGACCACGGUGCUGCAGGAUCGCGGCCAAUUGGAUGGCAUACAGCGCGUGCUCUUUGGCAGCAGUUUGCGGUUCUGGCUGCAUCGGUUGGUGUUCCUGGACGCACUCAGCUACCUCAGUCAUGGCCAGCUGAGUCUCAGCUUGGAGCGCAUGAUCCUGGUGGACAUCGAUGACAUCUUUGUGGGCGAGAAGGGCACGCGGCUGCGGCCGGACGAUGUGCGCGCUCUGAUUGCCACGCAGAAGAUCAUUGGCGGCAUGGUGCCCGGGUUCCGUUUCAAUUUGGGCUUCUCCGGCAAGUACUACCAUCACGGCACCCGGGAGGAGAAUCUGGGCGACGACUUCCUGCUGCAGAAUGUGCAGGAGUUCAACUGGUUCUCGCACAUGUGGAAGCACCAGCAGCCGCACCUCUACGACAACCUCACCCUGCUGAUGGCCGAGAUGCAGCUGAACUUUGCGUUCGCCAAGGAGCACAAUAUUCCCACGAACUCGGGCUACUCCAUAUCGCCGCACCAUUCGGGCGUCUAUCCGGCGCACGAGCUGCUCUACAUGGCCUGGAAGCAGGUGUGGAACGUGAAGGUCACCUCCACCGAGGAGUAUCCGCAUUUGCGGCCAGCUCGCCUACGCCGUGGCUUCAUCCACCGGAAUAUAAUGGUGCUGCCGCGGCAGACGUGCGGCCUGUUCACCCACACCAUGUACAUAGAUAGGUAUCCGGGCGGACGGGAUAAGCUGGACGAGUCCAUACAGGGCGGCGAGCUGUUCCAGACCAUCGUCUACAAUCCCAUCAACAUAUUCAUGACGCACAUGUCCAACUAUGGCUCCGAUCGCCUGGCGCUCUACACAUUCCAAUCGGUCAUCAAGUUCCUGCAGUGCUGGACCAAUCUGAAGCUGGCCUCGGCACCGCCCAUUCAGCUGGCCGAGAUGUACUUCCGGCUGCAUCCCGAGGAGGUCGAUCCCGUGUGGGGCAAUCCCUGCGACGAUGCGCGCCACAAGAAGAUCUGGUCGAAGACCAAGAGCUGCGACUCACUGCCCAAAUUCCUGGUCAUUGGGCCACAGAAGACGGGCACCACCGCCCUCUACACAUUCCUCUCGAUGCACGGCAGCGUGGCCAGCAACAUACCCAGUCCGGACACCUUCGAGGAGGUGCAGUUCUUCAAUGGCAACAACUACUACCGCGGCCUCGACUGGUACAUGGACUUCUUUCCCUCGGAAACGCUGCCCAACACCAGCUCCCCCAUGCCCACGGCCGUGGGCACGCCGCGCUACAUGUUCGAGAAGAGCGCCACCUACUUCGACGGCGAGGCGGUGCCUAAGCGUGCGCACGCUCUCCUGCCCCAUGCCAAGAUCGUCACCAUUCUCAUAUCGCCAGCGAAGCGCGCCUACUCCUGGUAUCAGCAUCAGCGCGCUCACGGCGACGUCAUAGCGAACAACUACAGUUUCUAUCAGGUCAUAACGGCUAGCGACUCGGCACCGCGCGCUCUGAAGGAUUUGCGUAAUCGCUGCUUGAAUCCGGGCAAAUACGCACAGCAUCUGGAGCACUGGCUGGCCUACUAUCCCGCCCAGCAGCUGCACAUCAUCGAUGGGGAGCAAUUGCGGCUCAAUCCCAUCGAUGUGAUGAACGAGCUGCAGCGCUUUUUGAAAAUCCAACCGCUCCUCGACUAUUCCAAUCACCUGCGCUACGAUGUGAAAAAGGGCUUCUACUGCCAGGCUGUCAGCGAGAAGCGCAAUAAAUGCCUCGGCAAGUCCAAGGGGCGCCAAUAUCCCCAAAUGGAUGAGCGCAGUGCCAAGCUGUUGCAGCGCUACUAUCUGAACCACAACACGGCGCUGGUAAAGCUGCUGAAGAAGCUCGGCUCACGUCCCAUACCCCAGUGGCUCAAGGAUGAUUUGUCGACGGGCACGUGAUAGCAGCUGUUUGGAGGCGUGGCCAUUGGCGCAGUUGAACUUGGAAUUGGUCUAGGAAUUGGCAUUGGCGGCAACAAAUAUCGCAAAAUGCGUGCGAAACUCAGGAAACAGUUGCACUGGCUACAGCUGACGGCGGCAGCGGCAGCGGCGGCGCCUGGAACAAUGCGUGCUGGCAGCACUGAGAGAAGCAGCGGCAGCGGCAGACGCAGC